UAUAUUCACAGACUACAAACAGCCAUUUGCGGUUACUUAUUUGGGGGCCUCUCUCAUGAAAUCAUCAUCAUCAAGACUCCUUCUGGACUUGAUUCUUCCCUUAAAAUUAGUGAGAUGCAGAAGAUGUUGGAAAUGGAAUCCCAGGCCCGUUUAACUAAGAAAGACAGUGAACUAGAAUUUUCCACACAAGAAGAGGAAGAGCCGCUCAUUGUUAAACUUGUUGAAGUUGAAGUUGAAUUUGAGGUGCUGAGAGAGAACAGAACAUUAGCCACUAAGGAGAUUGCAGUGUAUGCAUUUUAUCUUGCUCCACUUUGGUUUGUCACAGAGGAAUGGGCAAAGGUCUCUUGCGGGGGAUCUUUUUUGUCUUCUUUCAGCCAUGACAUAUGGUCUAUUUACUGGAACAAUGAUUUUGCAGUUCUGCUCAAAAAGUUCGCAGGGGAAGAAGGACAUGGGGUUGAUGUUCACAAGCUGUUUGGAUAUAUUGGACUGUUUACUCUUGUAGCUCUAUGGUGGCUUGGACACCUCCGAUGGAUUUCGUCUCCAACUCAUCUGAGAGCUUAUAAGGUCCUCUCCAUUGAGAAUACUUGAAGUUGGGAUUGGCAACCAGGUGCUGCUCGUGGCCUACGAGGAGCACAUCCAGCUCAAUUUCUUUUUAAGAUUAUAAGCAGGCUGAUUUCAGAGAUCGCGAAUGGCAUCGAUUGCUUCUUCUUCAAGUGUUUGCUGGCUUUGUAAUAGCUAAUCUUUCAGAUCGCUUGUCCCAAUUUUUGGGAUUAUAGCAUCACUGAGCGUGUUUUGCCUGAAGCAGGAUAUUGUUAUUCUUUACACGAGCAUUAUUUACUCUGCAUCUUAAGAGGAAUCUGUCACCUAUGGAACUUUGCCGGUGUGUUUAUGGGUCUUAGGUUAAAGUAAAUUUCCAACUCAUUCAAUUUUGUUGGCAACUGGGAGCAUUGUUUUUGUUCCCAUUGGUGCCGGGUAGCUCUAAAUGCAAUAAACAAUUCUCUUUGAGCA